GUUCUCAUCUUCUCUCAUCGACCUCCACCGGCGCAUCUUCAACAGUCAAAACACGCUCGGGGUCCUCGGUUCAGCUAAAGAUGACCUCGAACCUGUAAGCGCCACACUUGGUAACAGAGAGCUUUAUAUAGAUUAUAAGAGUUAGUUAAACCCGGGCGUCGUCGCCGACGACCAGAAGAGCGAACUUGGCAUUGGUGCUAUGAAUAACAACAGAAUAAAGAUCUUCAAGCGGAGGGCCAAGAUCGCGCAGGCGGCGCCGCUGCCUCGAGAGCCGGCGCAGGCUUCGGACGGCUCGCACAGCGACGCCGAAGCGCCGAGGCAGAGGAGGAGCCCGCAAGAAGUGGUCCUGAGAGUGCUGAAGCCCGUGUACCUGGGCGCGCCCGGCGCGGACGCGGAGUCGGCAGCGCCCACUCAGCGAGACCUGAAAGUGCUCAUCUACAGGUGCUUGAAGGCGAACAAGAGACUGGAGAAGUGGUUCUGCCGGGAGAGGCAGGCGCUGAACGUGGGCGAGUGCUACAGCACGCUGGAGUUGGUGGAGUGCGAGUUGCUGAGGCUGUGCGAGUGGCACGCGAGGGGCUGCGAAGAGGAGGUGCGGGCGCUGUGCGGCGAGGUGGAGUCGUUCUUGGGGCUGCAGAGGGAUUUCGAGCAGUACCUGGAAAUAGACAGGAGGAGAUACGAGGAGCACAGGGAGAGGUCCUACGGCAAGGCGCCCUAUUACGAGUGCAAGUUGAGGGUGGGGUUAGAGAAGUUGUCAACGGCGGGCAACGGGGGCGGCGACAGGUACCUGAAGGUCAGGAUGGACGCGCUGAGUAGGAUGACGCUCAUAGAGGUGCAAAUGUUGUGGGAGAGGUCGUUUCCCGCGGCAGAGAUGAGCGUCGUCAGUUGGCAGGUUUUCGCGAGAUUUUUCGAAGUGCAGACCAAGAGGCCGCUCGCCGAGGCGCAGGAGCAGAUGUUGAGGCACGUCUUGGACUGGUACGACACGGGCUACGUCACGCCCAGGGGCUUCGACAACCUCUUGAGGAUGUUCGGGCCCGUCGACGCUGUCACGGCGAAUUUGGAAAGUGUGUACAGACAGGCGGGCUUUUGCGACUAUGCCAUGUACGAGGAGGUCGUUGACAGGUUGCAGCGACAGCUCCCCGGCACCUACAUGCUGAGGUUUUCGCCCACGCGCGGCGACUCCUUCGAGCUCAACUACGUCGACGACGCCGGCAAGAUCCACGCUGUCGAGAUACGCGGCGAGAUGCCGCUCGGCGUCGUCGUCAAGGCCACCAUCGACAAGCAGUCCCAGAGGUUUUCCUCCAUAUUCUGCCUCGUCGAGGGAUACGGCGCCGAGGUCAGGCAGCCCCUCAGGGUCGACGAGAGCCAGGAGCCCUGCUACUUCGCGCAGAUGACCCCCGCCAGGUCCGAGAACAUACUCAGAAACCACUCCGUCGGCACCUACCUCACCUCUAGCUUCACCGUCGACAGGAGGCAGUGCUACGUCGUCAGCUACACCGCCCCCGCCGGCGUCAAGCACGAGUACCUCGAGCAGGUCUCCCGCGACGAGUACGUCCUCCUUUACGGCGACCCCGCCACCGCCGCCCAGCCGCCCGACCCCCGACACGCCAAGCGGCCCAUCUACGCCUCGCUCUCGCUCUUCCUCAAGCUCUGGCACCACAAGUUCAGGUGCAUCUACGUCGUCGACGGCGUCCCGCGCAUCGCGCUCUCCGACUACAUCGACGCUCAGCCCUACGUCGACAUCAAGGGCCCCGGCGACUCCGACGGACACGGCGCCUUCGUCGACUACCAGGACUCCAUCAGCGCGCGCACCGUCUCCACCUACCCCAGGUCCUGUCUCGGCUGGAGCGUCAUCUGCGACCAGUGGCACGUCCGACUCCUCCAAAACCGCGUCAUCUUCGCCCUCGCCGACGGCUGCAACUGGGGCAACAUCCCCCGACUCGCCGCUCUUCGCGCCACCCAAGCCGUCAUCGACUACCUCACCGACCCCCAACUCCAAUCGCAACUCCGCCACACCACCGACGUCCUCGUCCACCUCCUCUCCGCCUUCCAGGCCGCCCACGACUCCAUCAUCGGCAACAGGCUCUCCACCUCCCUCACCGGCACCACCACCCUCAUCGCCGGCAUGCUCCUCCCCAUGGAACACCACCCCAACGAGUGGGCCCUCGUCAUGACCAGCGUCGGCGACUGCAAGGCCCUCGUCUACAACUGUCGCGACCAACGCUGCGUCGACGUCACCUUCGGCAACCGGCGCAACAUCCGCGACGCCAGGGACCCCGGCGGCCGUCUCGGCCCCUGCCAACGCGACGGCCUCCCAGACCUCCGCAACCUCUACAACUACUACUGGCCCCUCAACUCCGACGACCGACUCAUCGUCAUCUCCGACGGCGUCCAUGACAACCUCGACCCCCAACUCCUCGGCAAACUCCCCCUCGACAUCGCCGACUCCCUCCGCCCCCACCUCCGCGACCUCGCCUCCCGCGCCCCCACCUGGUCCUCCCUCAACCCCCACUCCGUCGAAACCAUCAAGUCCGAGUACGCCAUGCACCUCACCUCCCAACUCAUCCAGUCCCUCCGCCAACCCACCCCCAGCGCCAUCUCCUCCCUCCUCGUCAACCACGCCCUCUCCGUCACCCAACCCAGCCGACGCUUCAUGGAGGAAAACGCCGAAAAACCCGAACCCACCGACUACCGCGCCUACCCCGGAAAAAUGGACCACACCAGCUGCAUCUGCCUCGCCCCUCACACUCGCCUCUACGAACCCAACACCCCCCCCCAAAAGAAAUUCCUCCGCUACGCCUGCUCCUGCGUCCGCGGCUCCCCCGAACUCCUCACCGACUCCACCACCCAACGGCGGCACUCCCCCCUCGACUGGGCCCCCCUCCUCGAACCCAGACCCCUCUCCCGCAUCAAGUCCCUCUCCGUCGAAUCCUCCCCCGCCGGUCACCAACCCGGCCCCAUCGAAUCUCACGCCUCCUACGCCCUCUCCAAACUCCCCCGCGCCGCCCUCAGACCCUACACCCCCGCCUACGUCUCCCUCAUCUUCGGCCCCUCCUUCGACAACUCCCACUCCACCCAGUGCGGCACCCUCGCCUCCGGCUGGGCCACCUCCACCUACCCCCAAGACCGCAGAAUCCUCUCCGACCUCUCCUCCCAUCGCCUCCUCCCCAACCGCCCCGGCCACCCCCUCCCCGACCUCCGCUCCGGCGACCCCAACACCACCCGCUUCUCCCUCCUCACCCUCCCCAACCGCACCAUCUUCGCCGUCAGCUGCGGCGCCAGGUGGGGCAUGACCUCCGCCACCGCCGCCUACAUCGCCAACACCACCUUCGUCGACUCCCUCCUCAGCGCCCAGCACAACAUCGACUCCUCCUCCUCCGCCGCCCUCGCCUGCAUCCGCUCCUUCGACAUGUCCCACGCCGCCAUCUGCGACACCAACUACGGCCAAGGCACCACGGGCUGCGCCUCCCUCCUCGCCGGCAUGCUCGCCAAGUGCACCCGCGACGGACACUGGCUCUGCACCUUCGCCUCCGUCGGCAACCUCGUCGCCCUCCUCUACAACUACUCCACCCGCGAACUCCUCAACCUCCACGACAACUACCUCCACUACCGCAGAACCGGCUACCUCGGCGGCACCUUCCUCGGCAGGUCCUCCCCCUUCCUCCCCCUCUCCCCCAACCUCGACAACUUCUCCAUCGACUCUCGCUACCUCAACGAACAAGACAUCAUCAUCGUCAUGACCCCCGGCACCUACGACAACUUCGAUCCAGAAUUCCUCGGCCACUCCCCCCGCGACGUCAACCCCCUCCUCGACUCCGACUCCUGGAGCUCCCUCGAACCCGCCCUCGCCUGCAAAGAACGUUCCACCUUCCGGCUCACCACCAUCAAAAACUGCCUCUCCUCCCUCCCCCACCCCCACCCCGACCCCUGCCACGCCAUCACUCACACCAUCAUCGACCACUGCGCCAAAACCACCGAAAAAGUCAGACUCUUCAUGCAAGACAACUUCAGCGCCUCCACCCCCCGCAACCACAAAGAAUACCCGGGCAAAAUGGGACACGCCCUCUGUCUCUCCAUCCGCGCCGGCACCCUCACCAAAUCCGAAAUAGACCUCCACGCCAGCCGCGUCUCCGGCAACCGCUUCCUCCACAACUCCAACCUCCUCCCCUCCCAAGACGACCUCCGCCGGUCAAAGUAA